CGGAAUUUUACGGAAUAUCACGAAUGCCACGUUAGCAAGCAAACGUGCAUCUACGAGUAACCAUAUUCAGCGUUGCACGGGGAUUUACAUCGCAGAUAUGGAUGUACUGCAUAUAUUGUCUGUGUUGGUGUUAUUAACAGUUGUUUCAGUUGACUCUCUUAUGUUUCACUUGGCAGCAAAUCAGAAGAAAUGUUUAAAGGAGGAAAUCCACAAAGAUGUUUUGGUUACCGGCGAAUACCAACUCUCGGAUGUACCGGGUCACAAAACACAGCUUCUGGUGACAGAUUCCAAGGGUCAUAUUCUCUAUCAGAAGGAUGAUGCCAAGAAAGGGAAGUUUGCCUUCACGACUGAGGAGUAUGACAUGUUUGAAGUCUGCUUCAACAACAGAAUGCCAGGGGGUGGCCAGAGUCCAGACAGAGAAGUGUCUUUAGAUAUGAAACAUGGAGUAGAAGCCAAGAGUUAUGACGAGUUGGCUAAAGCAGAGAAGCUCAAACCAUUAGAAGUGGAAUUAAGAAGAUUGGAAGAUCUAUCCAAAUCAAUUGUAGAUGAUUUUGAGUAUAUGAAAUCUAGGGAAAAGAUGAUGAGAGAUACCAAUGAGUCCACCCAUUCCCGAGUGAUGUACUUCAGUAUCUUCUCGAUGUGCUGCCUUCUGGGACUGGCUACCUGGCAGGUGCUCUACCUCAGGCGAUUCUUCAAGGCCAAGAAGCUCAUUGAAUGAACACGGCCAAUAUAGGACUAUUAGAAAAAUAUUUAUUAAAUUCCAAUUUUUUUCCAAACUUAAGAUCAUAUUGUGGAAUUGGUUUUGGUUUUUCAAAUGCAUUUUGGACGAUUUCAAACUUGUUUGUCUGGGGUUUUAUUUUUGUAACAUAAAAAUAUCAAGCUAAAUGAAUAUGUCAUUUGUGAUCUCAUUUCAGUACCAGUUUUUAAAAAUUCUGAAUUAUUUCAUACCAACAAUGGAGUUAAAAAGACAUUUAAGUUUUUUGUACAUAUAUCACUGAUAUUUGAUGCAACAUUGUAAAGAUGGUGUUAUUUUUAUGUACAGUAUUUGUGAAUUUUUUUUUCAAUGUUGGCAAGUCCUAUGUUAACCAAAGGUGUUCCCAUUUGAAAUUUAGAAUUUUUAUAAUCUUGGAAUUUGAAUGCUGCAUGUCAAUCACAAAAAGUUCCAUGCCAGUACAAAUUCAUAACCAUAAUUCAUGUGUGUAUGAUGAUUGGGAAUUCUGUAUAUGCUUUUUAACUUUAAAGGGGUGGGUGUUGAACAUGAAUUGACUUAAUAGUGCUUCAUGAUAAAUGUGCAACAUCAUAAGCAACAAAAAUUCCCAAAUGUCAUGCAACAGUUAUUCUCUUACAGUGUUACUGAAUUGCGUUACUAGAGAAAUGUUCAGAUUUAAUCAAUAGAAUGGGAAAUUUCAUCAAAAGAAAAAGAGAGGAGAUCAUGUCACUUAAAAACACAUGUACAUGUAUUCAUGAACAAUUGUACAAGUCUUCUACUGUGGAUGUUUUAUGUGAAAGGAUGUGUUCUUUGUUAUAUAUGUAGCAGUAUGGGAGUUGGGUGCUUCUUAUAUAAAUUGAAUUUGGUUGUUACGGUAUAAUUUAUCCCUUUUCUUUAUUAUAACUCCAGCUUUAGUUUAAGGAGAGUAAUGAUUUUAAAUACACACACUCUCAAUUAUGUUCACUCUGUAGCGUUGACAUUCCCCAAUUCUUCACUUGUGUAUAUUUAACCUGUAACGCUGUGUUAUAUCCCAGUGUUCGUUACGUGCAAACCCAGUUCAAAUGCAGGGUUUAUACAUACCUAUUUCAUAAUUGUUUUGUUAUCUUUUAUUUGCUAACUUAAGAAUGGAUGAAAGUUGAAUGUAUAGUGGGGGAAAUUGACUUUUCUUUGUAAUGUAUAAAAGAGAUGUCUGUCAAUGUUUAUCAUUGAAUGAUAAAAGUUUUAUGGAAAAUUUA